AUGACACCCAUGCGUAGAAACACCAUUCAGAUCAACUUUGUCCAGGUUCCCACCCAGCUUAAGGAAUUGGUUGCAAAGUUGGUCCCUACCUUGGAAGAGUUCUCUGGUCUACUUGGUAUCUCUAUUCUGGAGCAGACCCCGUUUAUAGGUUGGGAGAAAGUCAUUAGGCCGGAAGAUAUUGCUUCAGCCCUCCAUAUGACAAAGGCUGAAGUAAUGUCUAACUGGGAGACUAGAAGUGGGAUAAAAGGCUUCUUGACUAAGUUUUUGGUUGGUAAGGCUAAUCAGUUUUGGGACAGUUUAGACUUUCAGGCGUUUGAGGACAUCUUGGCUCUUCUUAUUUAUGGUCUGGUUCUGUUUCCAAACUCAGAUGCUUUUGUUGACGUGAAUGCGGUGAAGAUCUUCAUUUCCUGUAAUCUGGUACCCACUCUCUUGGGUGAUAUUUUACACUCUCUUUAUGCCUGUACUGCUCGGAAACGGGGAACCCUUAUGAGUUGUGCACCAUUGCUGGCGAGGUGGUUUAUUUCUCACCUCCCCAAAUCAGUUUUUAAGAACAAGGAAGGCAUGGGUUGGGCCUACAGGAUUAUGUACCUCUCUCAUAAUGAUAUCAUUUGGACUAUCAAGGGUAUGGAAGAUGUGGCUAUUAUUGAUCGCUGUGGGGAGUACCCCAAUGUUCCACUGCUAGGAACCCAUGGAGGAAUCACUUAUAAUCCAUGUUUGGCCUUACGUCAGUUCGGGCGAGCUAGGAGGGAAGGACCUCAUGAGUUGCUGAUGUCGAGUAUCGUCUUUUACUUCCAAGGGGAUAGUGACGAGCAACGCCGCAGAUUCAUAAGAGCUUGGGAUAGAGUACACAGGUCUGAUCCACACGAGCUGGGUACGAAGACUUCUCUACCAAUGGAACCAUAUCUCUGA